AUAUUUGAUGAUUUGAUAGCUUCGAAAAAGUGGACAACCAUAUCUGGAAGCUAUCUUCACAUCAGUUAUCACAUUUUUCUUCAUGCUUUCACCUAAGACUAGAUAACUAUUCACCCAGGUUUAUAUCUAAAUAUUCCCUAUUUUUUAGUGCCUUCGAUUAUAAGAUUGAAUUUACAAGCGUAGUAACAGAGCUUUUUGUUGCAGCUGAAUUACAGGCUUUUGUAAAUAACUUGGUAAUACAUAAUAUUGGGAAUAUAUUGAAAAAAAAAUACAAAUUAUGUCACGAAUGUUGUACAGUUUUUGAACUACAAAAGGGCAUAUUUUGACAGUUCAUAGCGACAAGUUGUAAGCACAGUAAGCCGUUAUUUUUAUUAAAGAGAAUUUUUUUUAUUUGUGGAGUUUAUUCUUGCUUAAAAAUAUUAGAAACAAACUAAAAUGGGGGUACCGAAAUUCUAUCGUUAUAUUAGUGAACGAUAUCCAUGUUUAAGUGAACUAAUAAAAGACUAUCAGAUACCCGAAUUUGAUAAUUUGUAUUUGGACAUGAAUGGAAUAAUUCACAAUUGCUCACAUCCUAAUGACGAAGAUCCACAUUUUCGUAUUACAGAAGAAAAAAUAUUUCAAGAUAUAUUCCAUUAUAUUGAAGUAUUGUUCCGUAUGAUAAAACCACAGAAAUUGUUUUUCAUGGCAGUUGACGGGGUUGCUCCAAGAGCUAAAAUGAAUCAACAAAGAGGGCGAAGAUUUAGGUCAGCAGCAGAUGCUGCUAAAGCAGAAGCCGAGGUGUUAAAGAAAGGUGAAACACUUCCAACAGAGGCUAGAUUUGAUUCCAACUGCAUAACUCCUGGCACUGUAUUUAUGGCUAAAUUACAUGAACAACUAAAGUACUUUGUUGUUGACAAGAUUUCAAAUGAUCCUCUAUGGCAAAAAUGUAAAGUUAUAUUAUCUGGUCAUGAAACACCAGGCGAAGGAGAACAUAAAAUAAUGGAUUAUAUUAGAUAUAUGAGAGCACAACCUGGUUAUAAUCCAAAUACUAGGCACUGUCUUUAUGGUCUCGAUGCUGAUUUAAUUAUGUUGGGUUUGUGUACACAUGAACCACAUUUCAGUUUAUUGAGAGAGGAGGUAAAGUUUGGAAAGAAAUCUACUAAACAUAUAAAGGUACCUGAAGAGAUAACAUUUUUUUUAUUACACUUAUCUCUUCUAAGGGAAUAUUUAGAAUUAGAGUUUGCUCCAAUAAGAUACAAUUUGAGAGGAUUCGAUUAUGAUUUGGAAAAAAUUAUAGAUGACUGGGUCCUUAUGGGUUUCUUGGUAGGAAAUGAUUUCAUUCCUCAUUUACCAAAUCUACAUAUAUCGGAAGGAGCUUUACCUAUAUUAUACAGGACUUAUAUGGAAGUUUUACCCACCUUAGAUGGUUAUAUCAACGAAAGUGGAACUUUGAAUUUAAAACGAUUCGCAGCUUUUUUAGACAAACUUAGUGUACAGGAUGUAGAUUAUUAUGAACAAGUGAAAGAUGAUAUAUUAUAUUUAGAAUCAAAGAGAGGACAUAAAAAUGAAUUGACAAGAGAAUUAGAUGAGUGGGAAGCAGAAGACGAUAAUGUUGUUUUCGAAUCACUUGAACCAGAAACAUCAGUUCCUAAAGAUGGUGGUUUAAUUAAUCUUUUGAAAUCUGCAGAUGAUUUAUGUAUUGAUGAUGACGAUGAUUAUACUAGUGAUGACGAUUUUGCUAAUUUUAAAAAAGAUUAUUACAAGUCUAAAAUGGAAUAUAUGGACGUUACCCCGGAAGUAUUGAAGGAUCAAGCUGAAGGAUAUGUACGGGCAAUCCAGUGGAAUUUGAAUUAUUAUUAUAAUGGUUGUUGUUCCUGGUCUUGGUAUUAUCCUCACCAUUAUGCACCUUACAUUUCAGAUAUAAAAAAUUUCAUUGAUUUAAAAAUAGAAUUCGAUAUGGGAAAACCAUUUCAAGCAUACGAACAGCUCUUGGCGGUUUUACCAGCCGCUAGUAAACAACUACUACCAGAAUGUUACCAUGACUUGAUGACUGCAGAAAAUUCUUUGAUUAUCGAUUAUUAUCCUGAAAAAUUCGAAACAGACCUUAAUGGGAAGAAGCAAGCUUGGGAAGCCGUCGUAAAGAUACCUUUCAUUGAUGAAAAACGCCUUUUAGAAGCUAUGCAAUAUUAUAACGAUAAAUUAACAACGGAAGAAAGAAAACGAAAUACCCAUGGUCCGAUGUUAAUUUACACUUAUACACCAAAAAACAACGGACCUUAUCCGGCACCAUGUUACUUUCCAGAAGUAGCACAGAAUCAUACGGAAGUUAAAACAUUAAAAUAUGAUGACAUUUUAAUUUCCAAAGAAGAAUUAGUAAAAGGGGCUUAUCCAGGAGCGCAUAUGAAUGUUUACUAUCCUGGAUUUCCGACAAUGAAACAUUUGCAUUAUCGGGGGGAAUUACAGAAGGCUCACGUUAAAGUUUUUGAACAACCGAGUCGGAAUGAAAGUAUGAUCAUUUACAUAGUACCCGAUGCCAAGUUUACUGGAGAUAUGAUUCCUGUGGAUCUUUUAGGUACCAAUAUUUUCGUCGGCUGGCCACAUCUGAUUGAAGCAAAAGUUGUGGCGAUAUCGAAUUAUAACAUAAAAUUUAUAAGUAUGGGAGGACCAAAUCAGUACAAUACUGUUGACCUAACCGAAUCGGAUAGAAAACAAUUUCAAAUGACUGUAAAUGGCAUUUCUCAAGAACAAAAAUCACGAAUGGGAAUCAAUUUGGGCGACACAAAAGUAUUAGUAUACGUAAAACAGCUGAUCGGACGAAAAUUUACCGUUAAAUCAAACGGAAAAUUGUAUUUGGAAAAACAAUUUGCAUCAAAUAUUUCUGCUCAUCCUCUACAAACAAUUGUUUACAAUAUAAGUUUCCACGAUCCUCUAAAUAACGUAACUAAAGACGUGGAGAAUAUAUUUCCGAAAAACAGUAUUUGUUUCACGCUUACAAAUCCUUAUUACGGUUCCCAAGGUGAGAUAAUAGAUUCGUCGCAAGUUGCAACGACGGCCAGGAUAAAAAUAUCUGUAUCUGUAUUAGAGGAACCCGAUUUAAGUAAAAUAAAAGAGAUGCACGAUACCAUGGUAAAAAGAUAUAAACCAGCACAUCAAGUUGCUAAUCCUUUAUGUAUAUCAAAUAUUUUAUUUUCUAAAAUAACCGGUUCUAUAUUUGUCAAACCUUUAUCAGGUUAUGAAACUAGGAGGGUAAAUAUCGGUCUGGAUUUGAAAUUGAAUAAGAAGAACAAAGAAACCCCUGGAUACACGAAGAAAGUGAACAAUUAUUGGUAUUAUACAGAUAAAGCGGCUGAACUGGUUAUGAGUUACAUUGAUAUGUUUCCAGAAGUUUUGGAAUGUCUAAGUAAAAAUAUGAACAAUGAUGAUAUUAGGAUCGAAUCCAUUUUUGUGAAAAAUUGUGAAGAACGGUUUAAAGAGUUACAGGAAUGGUUAAAAACACUACCAACAAACUCUAUUGAAAAACAGACAUGUAACAGUAUUAAUUUAGAACCAGAGGUUGUGCAGGAAUUGGAGAAAAUGAUGGAUUCUUUUAAAAGCGGAAGUACUAAAAAGGUUACAAUGCAAGUUAGACCAAACUUUUUGUACAGACCAGAAAUACAAAAUGGCACCCUAGAACCAGACCCGAAAACCGAAACUCGAAUUCUGGAUAGGAUAGUAAAUGUCCGAUAUGGUUAUACAGUACCUUUUGGCUACAAAGGUACCGUUACUGCAAUUAGAACAUCUUCCACCAACAACAGUAGAGAUACUAUGUAUGAAGUGAUAUUCGACAAACCGUUUAGGGACGGUUUGAAGUUGAAUUGCUUAGAAUGUCGAGGUUAUUUGCUACCUAAAACAGCUUUUAUAAAUUUAUCUUAUGGACAGAGAUUGAUGGUAGAAAAAACGGGUAAACCAGAUGAAUUAAUAGCGAAAGCAGAAGCUACCACUAACUCGAAUUACUUUAACAAUUUAAUAAAACCUCAACCGUCUUUCCAAAAGCAAGAAAAAACAAUUUGGAAUCCUCCACAAUUUCAACAAUCUAAUUUCUUUUUUUCUCCAUUGAAUCAACCCGAGGUUCAGUCGAAUUCCGCAUUUGCACAUUUUAAUUCUAUUAAUGCGGUAAAGAAACCAGUGGCGACUGAAAAUGAUAGUAACAAUUUUAAUGUUACCGAAUUUUUUAACAAACAUAAACAAAACGAACAGUCACAAACUAAAAAUGUAAAUACAGUCAAAAAAAAUGUAAAAAAUGAUUCCAGCUUUUUAAAUACCCAUGGAAAUUCUGGAUCAUCAGAAGAAAAUAAAAGCAAUUAUCAAAAAUUGAUGAAACCUGAAGAUUUCCGAGCACCUCCUAAUAACCAAAGCGAAGAAAAUAGCAACCAACCAAAUUCCAAAAGAAAUGAACGACAGAAAGAAUUUCCACAGAAUAAUAAUAAAGUCCCUAAUGAUUUUAUGCCUGCUUUCGGAUCUAAAAAAGAACAUAAGCAACAGGGCCACCCUUCUGUCGAUACAAAUUUCUUGAAAAAUUUAUUAAAAAUAGGUAGCCAAGAUAAUGUCAGGACCGUUGGCAAUAAAGGGAACGUGGCUUCAAAUAAUUUUAAAGAUGAAGAAAAGUCUGCGAAUGUUUCUUUUGACAUGUUAGCGCAAGUUGCUAAUACUCCAGCUAGUGUUCGUUUAUUAACGUACUACCAAUCGAACCAAUUAGGAUUACCUAGGUAUCAGUAUUUUCCCGUCAAACAUAAUAUGAUCCAAGCUCAAAUCACUUUAAAUGAUGGCAAAAUUUUGGUAAGCGAACCAAAGAAAACCAGAGAAGAUGCUAGCGAAAAUGUAGCAGCUAUUGUUCUUAAGGAUUUUUUAAAAAAAGGAAAAGGUAUGGAGAUGACAAAUAAUCACGAACAUUUUCCAGCUCCUCCUACGAAUUGGGUAAAUUCCAAUACUGACAACGGGAAACAGAAAAUCAAAAAAUCGAUAAAAAAUGAUGCAACGGCUGUUUUGAACAAUUCUUUCGUUCCAUUGCAAGCUGUAAAAAAUCAUAUCAGUAAAACCAACAAUACUAAACUUGGUGAUAACGUUAAACAAGUAGCAAGUACAAACGUACAAGACGAACCUGCAGAGGUGAAGCAUAUAGAAGAAAAAAAUAAGAAUCGCAUAGAAAAUCGUCCGAAAAAAGAAAGGAAAACUAGAAUAGCAGCAAACUUUGUAAAAAAUAACUAAAUUUCUUUUAUAUAUUAAGAUGUAUAUUUUUACAAACUGACAAAAUAUUUUUAGUUGACAAUAAUGAAGAUGUAACUUAACAAAAAUAUUAUAUUUCAACUUUUUCCGAUAUUACAAAAUACAGUAAAA